AGCGAGAGACAAUUUCAGACGCGCGGCCGCGCGCUCCGCCUGCCCUAGAGCGAGGUUGGGCGCCGCGGCCGAGGCUGCUUCCAGGCUGCGCUAGCGGGGCGCGCAGGGAGGCGGCGAUCGCAGCUGGGCCGGGACUUCCUUCCUCCCUCGUAGGACAACAAAACAACCCGGCAGCAGGCGCGGAGCUCUUGGCAGCUGGCUGGGCGAGAGGCGCCGCGAUGGGCUCCGUGCUGAGCAGCGAUAGCGGCAAAUCCGCGCCCGCCUCGGCCACCCCGCGGGCCCUGGAGCGCAGAAGGGACCCUGAGCUGCCCGUCACGUCCUUUGACUGCUCUGUGUGCCUCGAGGUGUUGCACCAGCCUGUCCGGACCCGCUGUGGCCACGUAUUCUGCCGUUCCUGUAUUGCUACCAGUCUAAAGAACAAUAAGUGGACCUGUCCUUAUUGCCGGGCAUAUCUUCCUUCAGAAGGAGUUCCAGCAACUGAUGUAGCCAAAAGAAUGAAAUCAGAGUACCAGAAUUGCACAGAGUGUGACACCGCGGUUUGCCUCAGUGAAAUGAGGGCACACAUAAGAACUUGUCAGAAGUACAUAGAUAAGUAUGGACCACUACAAGAACUUGGGGAGACAGCAACAAGGUGCGUGUGUCCAUUUUGUCAGAGGGAAUUGGAUGAAGACAGUUUGCUGGAUCAUUGCAUUACUCAUCACAGAUCGGAAAGGAGACCUGUGUUCUGUCCCAUUUGCCGAUUAAUACCUAAUGAGAAUCCGAACAGCUUCAGUGGCAGUUUAAUAAGACAUUUGCAAGUCAAUCACACUUUGUUUUAUGAUGAUUUCCUAGAUUUUAAUAUAAUUGAGGAGGCUCUUAUCCGAAGGGUCUUAGACCGCUCUCUUCUGGAAUAUGUGAAUCGCUCGAACACCACAUAAUUUUUUUAAAAGGAAAGAGAAGGAAAUCAUACAAUUGCACCAUUUGUUAAGAUGCUGCUUGAAAAAUUGAAGGGAAAUGGUCGAUGUUUAAUGAGCAAAAAUGUACAACACAGUUAAAUGUUUGCCCGUGUUUAUUGUUAUAUUGCCUUUUAAAACUACUUUCACUAUGGUGGUUUAAAUGUUUUACAUUCUUGAGUUUCUUAGACACUUAAUGACAAAAAAUUGUCUCCAUCAGCCAUUAAUAUAGGGAAGAGAACACGAGGCUGGGUAUGUGGGUGAAGGAUCUUUAUUUGUAAACUGGAUGACACUGUGUGUAAUGCUACAUGUUAAUAAUUACCUUCAUGGCUGGGCAAGAUAACUAAUGUUUGUUCUAUGUAAAAAGAUGGAGAGUGAAACAAAGUGUGGACUUUCAAGGAAAUAUGAAAUCUGUUCCAAUGCUCAUAUUCUAAUAUCUAAUAGAAUAACAUGAAUAACCUUACAUGAGAGUAGGAAAGGAAAAUUUUGGAAGUCAGCGAAGUCUGUUUAACCAAAUUGUGUAACAUAAUACUGUAACAAGAUAAACUUUGUGUUAGGAAUGUAUACUUAAUUAUUUGACUUUUUAUAACUGUGCACACAUAAGAAUUUAAUACUAUAUUUUUCAAAUAUUUGUAGCUUAUUAUUUAGAAAUAUUUCUAUAAUAUAGGCAAUUUUUUAAGAGCCAUCAGCUGAUAUUUACAGUAGAAGUAUUCUCAUGCAUAAUUUUUAGUGGAAAACCCUAAGGGCUUUGAUUUUUUUUUAUUUUAUCCUUUAGAAAAAUUAUAAAAUAAAACAUAAGUAACUGAAAA